AUGGCCCGCGGCGACCUCGCGGCCGCGAGCGACCUGGCCCGGCGGGAGGUCGUCGCCGCGUCGAGCUACGCCGGCCCCUUGCUCGCCCUCGUGGACAUGCUCCUCGCCGCCGGCGCAACCGCCGCGCUUUUCUACACGAUCUGGCGCUCACGAACGCCGGCGCGGCGAAUGACGGCCGCGAUCAUCAUCUUCGCGCUCGCGCCCACGAUCGCGCUGAGCCCGAGCGCCGCGCCCACAAUCACGCCAACACCACCGGCGCUCUCCCCGGCACCGACGGCGACCCGCGCGCCCAGCCACGCCCCGACGACGCGCCACCCGUUCUGGGCCCCCUUCGACGCCCGCGACGCGCCGACGCCGGCGCCGACCCUGGAGCUGACGCCCGCGCCGAGCGCGUUCGCCAACUCGUCCGCGGCGCCGACGGCCGGCCUCGGCUGCGCGCCCAAGUGGCUCGGCGUCUGCCGCGUGUCCACGGCGCGGGGCGAGGACGUCGACGGCGAGUGCUGCGCGCGCGAGGAGGUGGCGUCCUGCGCCGAGGGCUUCCGCUACGACCGCGACCAGGCGUCGAAGUCGUGCGGGAAAGUUCGCUGCGCGCGGCAGACGUGCUGCGUCUACUGCCUCCCGGGCCAGCCCUGCCCGCGCCACAGCGACAAAUACGGCGACGACGCGCGCUGCUCCGACAUCGUCGGCUUCGUGCUGCUGGUCGUCGUGCUCAUGAUCGGGCUGUGCUUCUGCGCGUUCGCCUUCGGCUGCACCGUUGCGACGUCGUCCUGGCGGCGGCCGCCGGGCCACCGCGUCGCGCUGGAGCAGGUCCUCGUGGGCGACCCGGCGCCGCGGCCCGUCGUCGUCGAGGGCCGCGGCCUCGACAGCGAGGUCGAGAUGGCGGGCGCGGUCGUCGUCGCCGACGACGACGCGCGCGACGAGGCGCCCGUCGCCCGCGCGACCUUCGUCCCCGCGGCCGCCCACGUCCUUGUGAACGUCGAGCGGCGCCCCGCGCCGCGCGACGAAGCGACGAUGGGCACCCGCGUCCACAACCUCGAGGCGGAGCUGUUCAAGCGGGAGAAGGGCCCGCUGGGGUCCAAGUGGGCUAGAAAGCUCGUCGUCGUCGACGGCGCGAAGCGCACGAUUCGCUACCACAAGCCCAACGAGGACAAGCGCAAGACGCCGCGGAAGAUCUUUCGCCUCGCGAACAUGUCCCUCGUGCCCAGCGCGUCGGGCCCGAAGAACGCGCCGGCGGCCUUCGCGCUCACGUGCUCGGAGACGGGCUACGCGCUCGUGCUCGCGUGCGAGCUCGGCGCGGAGCAGCACCGCGCGUGGUGCACGCUGCUCGCGCCGCUCUGCGCCGGCGGGAGCAAGAUGCCGCCGCCGCCGGGCGCGCCCGCCGUCGCGCCGCCGCCGGCCGUCGCCGCGGCGACGCCGCCGAAGCCCGAACCGCCGCGGCGGGCCGCGCCGCACGAGGAUUUGAGCUUGUUGGCGUCGCGGUUCCCGGGCCUCGACGCGGCGGCCGUCGGCCGCGCCUACGAGUCGACGCACGGCGACGUCGACAAGGCGACGCGCGUGUUGGCGUCCCUCGAGGCCGCGCCGAAGGACGCGCCGCCGCCCCCCAAAACGGUGGACGUGGAAGCGACGUUUCUCGAGGGCGAGCCGCUCGGCAUCCAGCUGCGCCUCCUGCCGUCCGUCGACGGGUCGCGGAAGAUUGUGGUAUUGACGGUGAAGCCGACGUGCCCCGCGCGCGACGUAGUCGCGCCGGGCGACGCGCUCACGGGCAUCCGCGGCGAGCCCAUCGAGACGCCGACGGCCGAGAGCUUCCGGCUCGUGACGACGCGCCUCGCGCGCGCGGCGCGGCCGCUGACGCUCACGUUCUCGCGCCUCGUGGACCACGACGACGCCGAGGCCGAGGAGCGGCUCGAGUCGAAGUACGGCGCGGAGGCGCCGACGGCCGACGAGGACGACCUCUCCGAGUCGUCGGGCGAGGAGGACGACGACGACGACGAGGAGGACGAAGAAGAAGAGGAGGAGUCGGAGGACGACCCGGACCAGUGCGGGUCCUUCGGCGAGGACGAGGAGACGAAGGACGCGGCGUCGGCGCUGGACCGCACGCAGGAGCUCGAGCUGCUCGAGGCGACGUUCCGCGCCGCGCCUCUCGGCUUCAAGCUCGUGCUCGCGCGCUACGCGUCGGGCCGCCUCGCGCUGCAGCUCAACGAGAUCGGCGGCGACUGCGGCUGCUUCAAGCAGUUGCAGGUCUUCGACGAGGUCACGCACGUCGACGGCGCCGCGCUGCCGGCGGACGCGGCGGCCGCGUUCCGCGAGGCGUCCGGGCGGCUGAGCGACGCCGUCGCGCGCGGCGCCUUUCCGUUGACGCUGUCGCUGGCGCGGCGGCCGUCGGUGCUGUCCGUCGACUUCGACGACGAGAAGCCGCUGGGUUUGCUGUUACGGCUGACGUCCGCGUCCGGGCGCCGCGCGGUCGUCGUGCACCAGGUCCGGGGCGACGACGGCGCGCCCGCGGCCGCGCUGCAGCCCAACGACGACCAGCUCGUCGCCGUCCACGGGCGGCUGCUGCCCCGGGACUGCACGAAGGAGGUCUUCGAGGACAUGAUGAAGGCGCUGAAGAAGGCGCCGCGGCCGCUGCGGCUCACGUUCUGGCGCGCGUCGUUGGGCGGCGCGGACGUGCUGUCGGGCGAGGCCGUCGAGGAGGAGGCGCUGCUCGAGACCAUGGACGGGUCCGUCCAGGAUUCCCUGGACGCCGCGGCGGCGGCCCAGGACUCGCUCCAGGACAUCGCCCAGGGCAUCGCCAAGGCCGAGCGCCUCGCGACGGAGGCGCGCGCCGCCGAGGCCGUCCGCGGCGCGGCGGACGAGUACGACGACAUGCACCACCAGGACGGCGCGACGCCCCUCGGCCGGCCGGGCGCGGCGAGCGACGGCGAGGCCGAGGCGAGCGACGACGACGCGGGGGAGCCGGAGGAGCCGGAGGAGGAGGCUCCCGAGGACGAGGCGCCCGAGGAGCCGGAGGAGGCGCCGGAGGAGGACUCCCCGGAAAAGGCGCCGGAGGAGGAAGCGCCCGUGGAGCCCGCGAGCAAGCUCGGCGCCUUCCUCGCGCAGACGCCGGCGAACGACGGGUCCGCGGCGCCGUCGAAGCUCUCGGCGUUCCUCGCGGCCGCGCCCGCGCCCGCGCCCGAGCCGGAGCCCGAACCCGAGGAGCCCGCCGCCGUCGAGGCGCCCGCGGAGCCCGUCGAGGAGCCCGCGGGCAAGAGCCUGCUCGAGCGCGCGCGCGCGGUCGCCGCCGCCGAGGAGGCCGCGCCCGCGCCCGCGCCGCCGCCCGCGGCGGCGCCGGCGGAGAACAAGCUCGCGGCCUUUGUGGCCGCGACGCCAAAGGCGGAGGAGCCGACGCCCCGGGCGCUGACGCGCAAGUCCAUGAGCAAGCUCGCGGCCUUCGUCGCCGGCGUCGACCCGCCGGCGGACGACCCGGAGCCCGCGGCGCCCGCGCCCGCGCCCGAGCCCGAGCCGCCGGCGCCCGCGCCGGCGAGCGCGGACCCGUGCCGGUCCUCCGGCGGCAUCAAGGAGCGGCUCGCGGCCAUCGAGGCGCGGGAGCAGGCGGCCUUCUCCGCGCCGCCGCCGGCGAGCGAGCCCCGGGCCGUGGGCAGGCUCCGGCCGGCAAAGGACGAGCCGUCGGACGACGAGGCGGCGCCGCCGCCGCCCGAGGCGGCCGCGCCGGCGCCGCCGCCGCCGCCGGCCGAGCCCGAGCCGUCGCCCAUGGUCGAGCUCGGGAAGCGCGCCCUCGACCGGCUCCAGAGCCGCGGCGAGGAGCCGUCGACGGCGCUCGAGAUGGAGGCGCUCCGCGCGGAGCUCGAGCGGUCGACGCGCGAGCUCGCGCGGGCCAAGGAGGAGAAGGACAACGUCGCCCGCGAGCUCGAGGAGGUCGCCGAGGACGCGCGCCACUACCGGAGCCGCCUCGGCGAGGCGGAGCGCGCGUCGCGCGCGUCCGUCGACGCCGCGCGCGCGGAGGAGCGCGCGUCGACGCGCGCGCGCGACGAGCUGGCGAGUGUCCUCGAGCGCGAGCGCGAGGAGGCCGCCGCGGCGCGGGCGACGGCCAAGAUCGCCGAGGAGGCGAAGGCGCGGCUCGAGGCCGACGCGACGGCGCGCGAGGCCCGGCUCGUCGCCGAACUCGACGCGGCGCGCGAGUGUCGGGCGGCGGCGGCGCCGCCGCCGGUCGAGGACGGCGCCGCGGCGGCGCUCGUGGACCGCUACGUCGCGGGCGAGCUCGCCGGCGUGGACCUGGCCCACGCGGCGCUCUGCGUCGCGGCGCCGCCGAGCCGCGCGGCGCUGACGCGCGCGUGCCUCGCGCGCGCGCCGAGCGCGAGCGCGGGCCGCUGGUGCGCGCCGGACGCCUGCGGCGCGGCGCUCGCCGCGCUGGGCCCCGGCGACGCCGAGGACGAGGCCGGCGCGGCGCCCGGGUCGUGGGUCGACGCGCUCGACGCGGUGACGACGUGGUGCGCCGCGCGGUCCUUCCCCGUGCUCCGGGGCACGCCGCUCCUCGUGGCGCUCUUCGACGCGUUGGCGGGCGUCGCGCCGCCGGCGGCCUUCCUCGCCUGGCGCCGCGGCGCCGCGGACCGGUCGACGGCCAAGGGCGACCUCCGCGCGGACGUCGCGUCCGUGGCCCUGCGGCACACGGACGCCUGGUUCGACCGCCCCAUCGAGGCGCCCGUGCUGUCGCCGCCGGCCAAGGCGCUGCCCUGGACCUUCGGGUCCGCGACGGGCGCGCGGACCGUCGCGGUGCCGCUCGGCUUGGACGACGCGGAGCAGUUCGCGUCGCCGCUGUCGCCGCGGCCCGCGGACGACGGCGAGCUCGAGCUCGCCGGCGAGCUCGCCUACGCCUGCGGCGCCGGCGCGCCUCUGGAUAGACGCGGCGCGGCGCUCGCCAAGGUCGCCGCGUCCGCGGCGCCGCGGCCGCGCGGCGCGCGCGUGCUCAGCGCGCUCCUCCGGAACCUGCCCGCGGCCGUCGUCUUCGACGCCGACGCGCCCUGGGCGGCCCCGGGCGCCGCCGGCGCGGCGCUCGAGGCGCUGCUCGAGUUCGACGUCGCGGAGCAGGCCGCGGCCGUCGGGGCCGUCGUCGCGCACUUCCGCGUCCACGGGAGAGCCGCGUGCCUCAACGACGCGCUGCGCAAGCUCGUCGAUUUAGAUGUGCUCGAGUCGAGCGGGCUCGCGGCCUGGCGCGCGGCGGCGCUCGAGGCCCGCGACGGCCCGCCGGGCCCGCGGUCCGCGGCGGCGGCCGACGCGCUGCAGGCGACGGAGCGGCUCUUCGACUGGCUCGACGGGCGCGACGACGAGGACCUCGACGACGACGUCGACGACGACGAGGAGGAAGACCACGGGAGCGUCGCCGAGGCGCCGCGCGCGCCCCUGGACGCGUCGCCCGCGGCCGAGAGCGAGAGCGAGGACGGCUACGCGACGGCAAGGAACCGCGCCGUGGAGACGGACGACGACGGCUUCCCCCGGCUCCCGCCGUCGUCGGGCCCGGCGCGCACGCCCCGGAGCCGGCGGCCGCCGCGGUCCGACGACGAGCUGCUCAAGACGGCGACGGCCGCGCGCGACGAGGCCAAGACGGCGCACGACGAGGCCGCGGACGCGACGGCGCGCGCCGAGCGCGCGGAGCGGUGCGCGCGCGACGCCGCGGCGGCGUCCGAGGCGACGGCGGCGCGGCUCGAGGCCAUGGUCGCGGAGCGCGGCGCCCACUCCGAGGCGCUGCGCCUCGACCGCGACGCGUACGUGGCGUCGUUGGAGGCGCGGCUCCGCGCCGCCGAGGCGAAGAUGGCCGCGCCGCCGCCGCCGCCGCCGGCGGAGCCCGAGGAGGAGACGCCCGAGGAGGUCGCGGAGCUGCCCGCGGACGUGAUGCCCGCGGACGCGGCCGACGAGCCCGCGGCGCCGCCCUCCGACGACGACACGACGGCCGAGCAUCCGCCCGAGGCGUCGGGCUCGCCGCGGGCCCGGGUCCUCGGCCUGCCGGCGUCGGCCCAGCCCAAGCUCCGCGAGCGCUUCCUGCGGCUGCUCUGCGCGGCGUCGGGCGCGCUGCUCGAGGACGACGACUGCCUCGUGCGCGUGGCCGUCGAGCACGCGUACGAGGGCGCGCGCGGAAGAGUGAGGGUGGAAGUGGCGAACGCGUCCUCGUCCCCGAUCCGCGACCUCCGCGUCGACGUCUUCGCCGACGACGGCCGCGACGCCGGCGAGGCGCCGAAGUUGAGCGUGGGCAUCACGACGGACGGCGGCGGCGCGGCCGAGCUCGCGCCCGGCGCGCGCGUCGUCGCGCGCGUCUCCGCGACGUGCCGGAGCCCCUUCGUCGUGCCCCCCGAGCUCGCCGUGCGCUUCGAGACGCGCGACGCGGCCGGCGAGGUCACGCGCCACGCCUACGCGCUGCGGUUGCCCGUCGCGGCGACGUGCUUCGCGGCGCCGGACGGCUUCAACGCGCGCGACGUCAAGGCGUUCCGCGCGCGCUGGGACGACGUCGGCGCCGUCGGCGGCACGGAGCACCAGAUCGUCGUGUCGUCGCGGUCCCCCGUCGACGACAAGAUGCUCGACGACCUGCGCACGCGCGUCGUCGCGGACGCGCUCAAGGGCGCGCCCGUGAAGCACGCGGACGUGUCGCCGUUCACGAUCACGGCCGCGUCCGUCGUCCACGCGACGUCGGGGCCCGUGGACGUGCUGCUGCGCCUCGAGGCCAACGCCGCCGCGCGCGCCUUCCGCAUCACCGUGCGCUCGCCGUCGCCGGACGCGGCCGCGGCCUUCAAGAACGUGCUCCAGGCCCUGCUGACCUCCUACUACAUCAUUUACGUGCGACGAAGGGUUCGAAGCGCGCGCGUCUAG